CCUAACACCGCUCCGAGCAACACGACGACAUUUCCCGGCGUGCUCUCGACUUCUGCCUGUGUGUUGUGGAUAGCAGUAGCGCUCGAUAAGUAAACGAAGCAGGCCAAAAAGAAGAACAGCAAGAAGACGUUGGACAAGGCACAAACACACCAUGUCUUCGCCAUUCUCGAUAAACGGCGGCGCUGCCGUGGCCAUGGUGGGCAAGGACUGCGUCGCCAUUGCCUGCGACCUGCGUCUGGGCAUGCAGGCCCUCACCAUCUCCAACAACUUCCCCAAGAUCUUCCAGUACGGCGACGUGUUCCUGGGCCUGACGGGCCUCGCCACCGACGUCGCGACCGUGUCGGACCUGUUCCGCUACAAGGUCAACAUGUACCGCCUGCGUGAGGAGCGCAACAUCUCGCCGCAGACCAUGGCCAAUCUGGUGUCGUCGUCGCUGUACGAGAAGCGCUUCGGCCCCUACUUUGUCAGCCCCGUCAUUGCCGGCAUCAACCAGACAACGGGGAAGCCCUUCAUCUGCGGCUUCGACAGCAUUGGCUGCAUCGACUUUGCGAAGGACUUUAUCGUCAGCGGCACGGCAAGCGACCAGCUGUUUGGCACGUGCGAGGGGCUCUGGGAGCCGGAUCUGGGACCUGAAGACCUCUUCGAGACCAUUUCACAAGCGCUGCUCAACGCCGUCGACCGAGAUGCGCUGUCUGGGUGGGGUGCACACGUGUACAUAAUCGAAAAGGACAAGGUGACGAAGCGGUUAUUGAAGGGCAGGCAGGAUUGAGGUGGUGGUGGUGGUGGUGAGGAGGAUGACAAUGACGACGAUGAUGUAUACGGAUCGCUGGACAAAACACCACGGCCGUGGCGCGACAAGCCAAGUGUGGCCGAGAUAGUCGGAUAUGAUGAACAUGUUAGAUGGACAUUAUCAAGUCAAUGAUAUGUCGGAUGGAUAUUAUCUAUUCAAUGAUAUGACGAUGAAGAUGCCAACAUUUGAUGUUAGACAUGCGAAGAGGUGUGGU